GGCAGCAGCAGCAACCCCGGCGCUGCCACUCUGCCACAGGAUGCUGCUCGCCACGUUUAAGCUGUGUGCCGGGAGCUCCUACAGACACAUGCGCAACAUGAGGGGACUGAGGCACCAAGCUGUGCUGGCCAUUGGCCAGGAGCUGAACCGGAGGGCCCUGGGGGGCCCGACCCCUGGUGCAUGGAUUACCCAGGUCCAGCGGCGGAGCUCUCUGCUUGGGUCUCGGCUGGAGGAGACUCUCUACAGUGACCAGGAGCUGGCCUACCUGCAGCAGGGGGAGGAGGCCAUGCAGACCGCCCUGGGCAUCCUCAGCACCCAGGAGGGCUGGAAGAAGGAGACCCAGCAGGCGAAUGGGGACGAAGUGCUGAGUAAAGUGGUCCCAGAUGUGGGCAAGGUGUUCCGGCUGGAGGUGGUGUUGGACCAGCCCAUGGAGAGGCUCUAUGAAGAGCUUGUGGAACGCAUGGAGGAAAUGGGCGAGUGGAACCCGAAUGUCAAGGAGAUCAAGGUCCUGCAGAAAAUUGGAAAAGAUACAGUCAUCACCCAUGAGCUGGCUGCAGAAUCGGCUGGAAACCUGGUGGGGCCCCGAGACUUUGUGAGUGUGCGCUGUGCCAGGCGCCGAGGCUCCACCUGUGUGCUGGCUGGCAUGGCCACACACUUCGGGAAGAUGCCUGAGCAGAAAGGUGUCAUCAGAGCUGAGCAAGGUCCUACUUGCAUGGUGCUCCGUCCCCUGGCGGGAAGCCCCUCGAAGACCAGACUCACGUGGCUGCUCAGCAUUGACCUCAAGGGGUGGCUGCCAAAGACUAUCAUCAACCAGGUCCUAUCACAGACCCAGGUGGAUUUUGCCAACCAUCUACGCAAGCGCCUGGAGUCCAGUCGGGCCCCUGAAGCCAGGUGUUAAAGACCAGCCUGCUAUUUCCAGCUGUCCCCGGCUGCACUGGUUUGCUGCUUAUUAGGGUAAUUCCCGUGGAAGCCUACACAUCUGUUUGAGAUCUCCAUCUGGUGACGGUGGAUGGAGCAUGAUACUAGGACUGAUUCAGUUUUAGUACAUAGCACCAAGAGAAUAGGGAUGAGGCUCUUAGAUCAGCGGUUCUCAACCUUCCUAAUGCCUUGACCCUUUAAUACAGUUCCUCAUGUUGUGGUGAUCCCCAACCAUAAAAUUACAUUCGUUGCUACUUCAUAACUGUAAUUUUGCUACUGUUAUGAACCAUAAUGUAAAUAUCUGAUAUGCAGGAUGGUCUUAGGCGACCCCUGUGAAAGGGUUGUUCGACUCCCAAGGGGGUCGCGACCCACAGGUUGAGAACCGCUGUCUUAGAUGAAGAUGUAAUUUCUUUCACAGAUCAGCUGUUAGGGAGCCUGAGAAGGUGAUGGCUCUUAAAAUAUUUGUACAACUUUAUUCUCGGCCCUUACAUAUCCAUCUAAAAACCUCUUUAAAAUGCUAGUGGCUGAUAUAGAUGUGAGGGAUGUUAACUCCAGGGAUCAGAAGUCUGUCAUGGGCCCCUGAACACCAUUCCCUGCAGGGAAUGUGUGUGAACAAAAGCAUCGUCUUCACAAGGUGGCUCCCACAACCUCUGCUCCUCUACAACAAGCAGUUCCCCACACUAGGCACC